GUCAAAAACCGCCACUGCCCCCGGACUGUCUCUGGCGACAAGGCAGCGAACAGGAGCCGAUUGGAGAUCCAGCAGAACUGUGUUCUAAAGGGAGGAGCUUUGGAGACACAGCGGAUAACAGCAGCAGUUGGAAAAGACUUGGAAACAGACGGGAAACAAACUGUAAUCGCAGCAUCUGCAGCCGCCGAACCUUGUCACCAUGCCGCUGGAGCUCUACCUCGAUCUGCAUUCCCAGCCGUGCCGCUCCGUCUUCCUGUUUGCCAAGACGGUCGGCAUUCCCUUUGAGUUCAAACUGGUGGAUCUGACUGAAGGGCAGCAUUUCAGCGAGGACUUUGGUAAACUCAGCAUCGUGAGGAAGGUUCCCGUCAUGAAAGAUGGGAACUUCGUUCUCACAGAAAGUAUUGCCAUCUUGCAGUACAUGGUGCAGAAGUUCGCGGCCUCGGUGCCGGAGCACUGGUACCCCGCCGACCUGCAGACGCGAGCCCGUGUGGACGAGUACCUGUCCUGGCAGCACACCGGCAUCAGAGCCAGCGGGUCAAAGGUCUUCUUGUUAAAGGUUUUAUUUCCUGCUGUGAUGGGCUCGGCGGUGCAGAAGGAGAAGCUGGACGCCGCUCUGGAGGAUUUGGAUCAGUCACUCGGCCUGCUGGAGGAGAAAUUCCUCCAGAACAAACCCUUCAUCGCCGGGGACAAAAUCUCUCUGGCUGACCUGGUGGCGAUAGUGGAGAUCAUGCAGCCGGUGGGAACCGGCAUGGAUGUGUUUGAGGGCCGACCGAAGCUGAGCGCCUGGAGAGACCGGGUGAAGAAGGAGAUCGGUGCGGAGCUUUUCGACGAAGCCCACAAGGUUGUCCUGAACAUGGACGGCAUGGCGGAGGACCUCAAGAAGAGCGGCAUGCUGGAGCUGUUCAAGCCUAAGCUUCAGAAGAUGCUCAGCUGAGGAGUUUUCUGUGUUUCUAGCAAGGAAAAUGUUAAGACCGUCACAAAGGUCGAAAUCUGCUUUGAAUUGUUUUGUGGAGCUUUGCUUGUUCACACGGUUCCUGUGCAGCUUUGGCAGGCAUGGAGAGUUAAUUUGACAAUGUCCAGGUCAGUUUCCACUUCGGCAAUUGCCAAAAAAAAAAAAAAAAAAAAAAAAAAAAAGAGGAGAAAAAAUUUAUUU